ACAUAACGACGUUUUUUUUUUAGGGCGAGGGCAGAGCAUGGCAGGUUACCGCGAAGUCCUCCGCCUCCCUCAAUUUCUGACCCUAGCGCACCUUUGGCCUUCUUUGAACUGACUGCUGUCGUUUAGCAAUUUUUUUCUUUCAGAUUCACCAAAUGUCGUACUCAGCGGCCUAGAAAAUGGUGGAGACCUUGAAAAAAUCUCGACUCAUUACGAGCGCGGCAAGCUGUUGUGUUAUCCUCUGUUUCGUCUGUUUGUGUUUGUGUAACGCGGCAGAGGAAGACUCCUGCUCCACACCGUGUACCAACAUCACCGUGCUGGCUCCAGCCGGGCCGCCCGGACCUAAAGGGGCCAUGGGGCCGAGAGGCCUCAGGGGCCGGUGGGGCAUACAUCAACAAGCUGACAGAAGUAAGUCUCGGCCUGGCCCCGCAGGUGAGAAAGGUGCGAGGGGUGCCCGGGGUAAGAAAGGUGAUCCAGGUGCUGCAGGAUCUCCAGGUGUGAAGGGACAGAAAGGUGAGCCAGGCUCGGCAGGUGCGAAAGGAGAGAGAGGACAACCCGGGAUGCCCUGUACGGAAGGGUCGAACUGUAACACCGUGUCCGACACUGUACCUGGCGCCAGUUUCGUGGCGUUCUCCGCUACUUUGAGAGUCCGGAUUCUGAACGCUCCAGAAAACACGAUAGUAACGUUCGACAUCGUUCACACCAACGUGGGCAACGCUUACAACAAGACAACCGGGAAGUUCGCGCCUCAGGUGAGCGGUUACUACAUGUUGACAUACACGGGGAUGACCACGAGCGUGGUGGGGUCCGCCUACUGGAGCCGGCUGAAGAAGAACGGAGAAGAGAUCGUCAGUCUGUACGACAGGUCGAACGGAGACCAUAUCUCCAGCUGCAACAGCGCCAUCCUGCAGCUGCAGCCUGGGGACGAGGUUUGGGUGGAGCUGGACGGGCGGUCCUCCAUGUGGAGCGACCCUGGCGGCUACGUCUCGUUCUCAGGGUUCCUUAUCCAUCCAGAUUAGGACGAAAGUCAGAAGACAUUUACAAGCUUGAUGGAAAAAUACAAUAUCGAACGUAUUUCAGCAGGAUUUGAUUCCGGUUUUUCAUAGUUUACGAACAUUUAUGUCCAUACUAUACAAAUACUUAUUAUUAAUUAUUAAUCAGAGUAAUAUCACCUAAAAAUGAAGGUAUUGAGCAAGACACGAUCAAAAUGUAAUCAACCCAAUCAAUGACUGUGGCCAACGUCUAUUGUGCAUAGUCCAUGGAGAAAUUAGUCAUGAUGUUAUUGCUGAUAUCUGCACAUGUGAUGUUCAUUCAUAUUACUACUUCUCCAUGUUAC